CCGCCACGCACCCGUUUCCCGAGCCUCCAGUUGCAACCCCAAGAUUGAUGCUUGCAGAGCUGACUGUCAGGGCGCCCACUCUUCCGGGCGAGUGUGCAGGAAAAGGACGAAUACCUCGCAGCUGGAGGCAAACCCAGACAGCGGGAUGCAGAACUGCGGAGGCGGCUCAGUCGGGGGCUUCGGGGCCCGGAGAGCCUUCGACAAUAUCUGUCCCAACAGGAUGCUGGAUCUUUCCAGCCGUCAGCUCAGGAAGCCGGAGAAGUUGGAGAAGAAGUUUGUGCCCCCGCGGAAGCUCUUUGAGAGCAGCAGCCCCAUCUCUGUUUACACCGACCCCCCGGAGGCGGAGCUGGCAGGUUUGCCAGCCCUGACUACGAUUGACUGGCAGGAUUUCGCGGAUUGUUCCUCACUCCUGCACGAAGAGAGCUCCCCCAGCUGUGAUGCUGCGGCGUCACAGAGCCACUGUUCACAAACCGAGCCACAGUUUGAUCUGCAGGAUUUCAGGGAUGCAGUGGACAAUCUCAUAUCAGACCCAUCAUCUUUGAUGUCAUCUCCAAUGGGUCCUGAAGACUUUUCCUUCCCUUCCUGUGAAGUCUCUCCCUUUGGUUCCUGCAUUUCUCCCCAGCCGGAGCACCCUGUGCCUCACAUGAGCAUUCAGGGUGUUCCUCAUCCGGAGCAGUACUGGAAGGAAGUGGCCGACCAGAACCAGAAAGCCUUGGGAGAUGCCCUGGUAGAAAAUAAUCAACUGCACGUGACACUGACCCAGAAGCAGGAGGAGAUUGCGUCCUUGAAAGAAAGGAACAUUCAGCUGAAGGAGCUGGCCAGCCGGACUCGACACCUGGCUUCUGUCCUUGAUAAGCUGAUGAUCACCCAGGCCCAGGACUGCAGGGCUGCUCCGGAACCCUUCCUGCUCAAAGCCUCUGCUAAGAGGAGCCUGGAGGAGCUGCUCACUGUCAGCGGCCAGGACAGCGCCGAAGUGGACGCGAUCCUGAGGGAAAUCUCGGAGCAAUGCGAUGCGGCUCUACAGAGCCGGGACACCAAGCGGCCUCGGCUGCAGCCCGGGGCCCCAGGCACUGCCUCUCCGCCGCCGGCGCCCCUGCACGGGGCCUUCCGCGGGCUGCAGGCGGACUGCAGCCAGGGAUCCCUGAACCUGAGCCAUAGCGAGCUGGAGGACGGCGGCUCCUUCAGCACCCCGAUUCGGGACCACUGCACUAUCCGCACUCUGGCGUUCCCCCAAGGCAACGCCUUUACUAUACGGACCUCCAGCGGAGGCUACAAAUUCCGCUGGGUGCCCAGAUGAGCUCGGGGGGAGGGUAUCCUGAUUUCACUGACCUAACUGCUCUCUGACACCAGGAGGCACUGCCUGCACCGUGAUCGGAACUCCUUGGGCUUCGCCUGUCUCCGAAACUUCACUUUUGGGAAUGUCCUCUCCCUACCCGGCAUAUGAACCCCACUUUCAGUCCCCAGGGAUAUUGUUGUUGCUGUUAUUAAUAACUAAAGCAGGUUGUGGGAACAUACUGUAUUACAAAAUCUGUUAGUAAAUGCUGUUAGUAUAACAUCUCCCCCUUAAAAAGGUGGUGGUGGGGGAACAGGAUCUAAAAAUAUAGUGCCAUCACUUUACAAAUUAUGUAUUAUUCUGAAUGAGAAUCAUAGGGUAAAAAAAAAAAGCCUGUAAGGAAACCUAAAGCUCAAUCCUCUCAGUUUACAAUGAAUGAAACUAAAGUCCAGAGAAAUUUAGGAACUUGUCCAAGAUCACACAGCUAGUUAAAGGUUACUAGAUCCCAGGUCUCCCGACUACUAGCCCGGUGGUCUUCAUAGUGUUGUGUUCAGUUGUGGCUGACUUUUCGUGACUGCAUGGACCAUAACAGGACAAUGCCAUGAAGUUUUCAUCGCAAAGAUACUGGAAUGGUUUGCCAUUUCCUUCUGCAGUGGAUUAAGGCAAAUAGAGGUUAAGUGAC